GGGCCUCUCCAUCCGCCCUCAGUAAACAUGGCGGCACAGCGGCUGGGGCGGGCAGGGGGCGGGGCCCCGCUGUCACCCGGCCUGGGCGCCGCGGGCCCAGCCCUCCAGCAAUCCACGUGUGGAGACCCGGCAGGGAGCGAUGCUGAGUUCGGAAAGAAAGAAGGGACCUUCCUAGCCCUGGCUGAAGAACGGAGCCACUUUAUAGAGCCAGACACUCCACCUCUGCCCAGCUCUGCCACAGAACAGGGAUUACUUCUCCAGCUCACCCUGGACCAUGUCACUGGGUGGAAGAGGAGGACUGUGAUAACCGUGGCUGGGAGCCAGCUUAUAAGCUGCCUGAGUGGCAGCCCAGAACCCAGGAGCAGCACCUGGCUGCAGACCACAGACACUUCGAGGAUGAGUGUAACGAUGAGCACCGCAGCCCCCCUCCUCUCAACCUCGCACCCAAGCGUGGCCACAUCUACCUUCUCCUUUGUGGACUAUGUGGUAUUUGUUCUGCUGUUGCUUCUCUCCCUGGCCAUUGGUCUCUACCAUGCUUUUCGUGGCUGGGGCCGCCAUACCGUUGGCCAACUGCUGAUGGCAGAUCGCAAAAUGGGCUGCUUUCCUGUGGCGCUGUCCCUGCUAGCCACCUUCCAGUCAGCUGUUGCCAUCCUGGGAGUUCCAUCUGAGAUCUACCGAUUUGGGACCCAGUAUUGGUUCCUGGGUUGCUCCUACUUCCUAGGGCUGCUGAUACCUGCUCACAUCUUCAUCCCCAUCUUCUACCGUUUGAAUCUCACCAGUGCCUAUGAGGUGAGCAGGGAAGGUUGGGGGAGGCAUGGGGACCUCCAGAGAUAUGAAUGGAGAAGAGGACAGGACAUACAUGAGUACUUGGAGCUCCGAUUCAAUAAAGCAGUGCGGGUUUGUGGAACUGUGACCUUCAUUUUUCAGAUGGUGAUCUACAUGGGGGUCGUGCUCUAUGCUCCAUCUUUGGCCCUCAAUGCAGUGACUGGCUUUGAUCUGUGGCUGUCUGUGCUGACCCUGGGCAUCGUCUGCAACAUCUAUACUGCAUUGGGUGGACUGAAGGCUGUCAUCUGGACAGAUGUGUUCCAGACACUGGUCAUGUUCUUAGGGCAGCUGGCAGUCAUCAUUGUGGGGUCGAACAAAGUAGGAGGCUUGGGGCAUGUGUGGGAUGUGGCUUCCCAGCACGGCCGUAUCUCUGGGAUUGAGCUGGAUCCUGACCCCUUUGUGCGGCACACCUUCUGGACCUUGGCCUUUGGGGGAGUCUUUAUGAUGCUCUCUUUAUAUGGUGUGAACCAGGCUCAGGUGCAGCGCUACCUCAGUUCCCGCACAGAGAAGGCUGCUGUGCUCUCCUGCUAUGCGGUGUUCCCCUGCCAGCAGCUGGUCCUCUGCAUGAGCUGCCUCAUCGGCCUGGUCAUGUUCGCCUAUUACCAGGAGAAUCCCAUGAGUACCCAGCAGUCUCAGGCAGCUCCUGACCAAUUCGUCCUCUACUUUGUGAUAGACAUCCUGAAAGGUCUGCCAGGCCUGCCUGGGCUCUUUGUUGCCUGCCUCUUCAGUGGCUCCCUCAGCACCAUAUCCUCUGCUUUUAAUUCAUUGGCAACUGUUACGAUGGAAGACCUGAUUCAACCUUGGUUCCCUGAGUUCUGCGAGGCCCGGGCCAUCGUGCUUUCCAGAAGCCUUGCCUUUGGCUAUGGGAUACUUUGUCUUGGAAUGGCCUAUAUUUCUUCCCAUUUGGGAUCUGUGCUGCAGGCAGCAAUCAGCAUCUUUGGCAUGGUCGGGGGGCCACUGCUUGGACUCUUCUGCCUUGGGAUGUUCUUUCCUUGUGCCAACCCUCCUGGUGCCAUUGUGGGCCUGUUGGCGGGACUCAUCAUGGCCUUCUGGAUCGGCAUUGGGAGCAUAGUGACCAGCAUGAGCUCUAGCACUGCACCUUCACUUAAUGGGUCCAUCUUCAGCCUGCCCACCAAUCUGACCACCACUACUGUGACCACCCUGAUGACCUCAACCACCCUCUCUAAGCCCACAGGGCUGCAGCGAUUCUAUUCUCUGUCUUAUUUAUGGUACAGCGCUCACAACUCUACCACAGUUAUUGUGGUGGGCCUGACUGUCAGUCUGCUCACUGGGGGAAUGCGGGGCCGGCCCCUGAACCCUCGGACCAUUUACCCUGUGCUGCCAAGACUUCUCUCCCUCCUGCCCUUGUCCUGUCAGAAGCGGCUUUGCUGCAAAAGCCACAGCCAGGAUGUCCCCACAGACUGUGACCUGUUUCCGGAGAAGAAGAUGAAUGGAGUGCUGUGGGACAGCAGAGACAAGGAGGAGAUGGCUCAGGAUGGCUCAGCCCACCAGGGCAGCAGCCCCACUUUUGUUCUCCAAGAGACCUCUCUAUGAUGGGGACAGAUCCCCACUGCCAGCCAGCAGUCGGAGGACACUAUAGUGCAGGGAUGGGACUGGGUGACUUCGUCUACACCAAAGGAUCUUGUUCUUAAAGGUUCUCACCUGCCAUGGAAAUUGUCCCAUUCCAGGUGGGUGAGAGGAGGGCAGAGUUUCUCCUCAUCCUUUGCCAGUCUGUUCUCUAGAGGACCAGGCUGCAGGGGGAAGGAUAGUGCAAUAAUGAGCAUAGGAGCAAAUCCUCUGGGAAAGGGAUAUGGCUUCUGAUUCAGCAUAGCCAGUAUCCUUUGGAGAAGUUAGAGACCAUACUUCUGGGGAAAAUUUUCCUGGGGCCCAAUCUGACAAGAUUGACCAGCUCCACCAGCUCCGCAUAGCUCAAAGCUCCUUAAAGGACAACUGUUCCCUUAUUAUUCCAUGUGGGCACCGAUUCUGUCAGCCAUGGUGGGCCCUGUGAUCCCUUUCAGGUUGUCUGUGACUCCCAGGCUCCUCGUUCUUGUGUGCCUAAUUUGUUCUUGAGAGGUUUUGAUGUCCCUGAGCCUCUCUGAAUAGGCAGGUGUGUUCAUCUGCUUUGUGUAUAGUAGGCAGGUUUUCCACAUCACUGACCCACCCUAAAACACUGAAAUGGGCUUUUGGGGAUGGGCAAAUAUGGAUCCAAGGAACCAGGGCCGUAACCAGGUCCUUUGUGGAAUAUGCUAUCCUUGUCUCCAGAGCCAGCUACCCUGGUAUCAUUCUGUCAUUGAUACUCCUAUUUUCUUUUGGAGUUUCUUCCUCAUGUAUCUUUGUUCCUAGGGAAUAAAAAUUGCUGUUGCAUCUAGA